UGUUUAUUAUAUUGUUGCAGGAUGGAAGAGACAGUGCGAUCGCUGCUGCAAUACAAGAGCCGCGUGGAAACUCUGAAGCAGGAGAAGGCGUCUUUAUCAUCAGCACUGGAGGCAUCGGCAGCGCACUACCAGAGCCAGCUGAGCACGCUAGGCAGUGAGAACGAGCGGCUGCACAGCCAGCUGUCGGCGCUGUCCGCGGGGCUGGGCGCCGGCGAACACGAGCGCAGGCUCGACGAUGUUGCACAGCAGGUCGUGCGCGCGCUGCUCUCGCAAAAGAGCGUCCGCGAAGAGCUGGGGUGCGCGCGUGCACGUAUCCGCGAGCUGGAGGCACAGAACCGCGCCCUGAGCGCGCUGCUCGUGCGGCAGCUGCGCCCGCAGCCGCGACCCUCGCCCGCCACGCCGCACACGCCAAUCACACCGCACACGCCAAGGGAUCUACAAGUGCACUUGGUAGACGUGGGUUCGUGCGGAUCGCUCGUCUCGUUUCGGGACUCCCCGCCCCCCUCGGCGCCCGCGCCGCAACCUCACCCCCUCAGUCACGACGACAAGCGUAGACAUCAGAUACUCGCUGACAUUUGGACUGAAUUAAAGGGUCUGGAGGUUACGCCAGCGAACCUGGCUCGGGCACUGUCGGCCGUGGACCCGACGCUGUGGGCGCCCCCUACCCGCCCGCACACGCUCAGCCUCAGCAUGCCGCAGCCUAAUACCGACCCAGUUAGAGGGGCCAGUGGAGAUAAAGCAACUGAAGAAGAAAGCGGUGAAGUAGGAGAGGCGGGAGCCGAGUCCCCCGAGAGCGGCGCCAAGGACGAGGGCUACUCCACCAUGUCCAGUGACGUGCAAGCCGACGCCUCACGACAGAGCGACCACGCUGCCGACAGAGCCUUGCCCGACCUUAACGAAGCGUCCGACGAAACAGACAACCAAACUAUUGUCUCCAUCAACCCCAGGGAAUCUCGAAGACACGCUAGACUUUUAGCUGAAGCAGAUUAUAUCUACUUCCCCAUAGGAGUCGCCUUUGCCGGCGUUCGAGGCAGCUACCCGCCGUCACGACCGGUCCUGCCUUUUCAGCAUGUAGUCAGAAGCUUUUCCGACUCACAUCUCUGCCUGAAACUCAUCGCUGGAACAACUUGCCCGACCAGCUGCCUAGACAGCCCAUCGCCUAGCUCUGGUGUGUUAGUCCUAGAUCUGAAACCAUCUCCCGAACGACCGUUGAGACGAGCAGCUAUUGCUUCGACGACAAGCUCUGAAAGGGUGUCGUGGGGGAGUACAGUAGAUGAGCGCGCCGAUGGUUCACAGUUUGAUGCCGACUAUGUUCAACACUGGUUGGAACUGGAUGACGCAAGAUCAGCUCUACAACAGCGACACCGAGACUUAGCUGAUUUAGAAUACGACAGAGCUGAACUUGAAGACUGGAGUUUAUCAUUAUCAUGUGAAGAUCUCAGGGAUAGGCAGUCACCCUUUGCAGAAAUAACGACGCCAGGCCAAAUAUCUUUGUCAACAUUACCGAGCAUCAGAGAAGACGACGCGUUGGAAAUGGAAGAAGACGUCGGCGACUGCCUGUGGAAUGAUUGUGGGUUUGCUACUAUAGAAAUAGAUGAAUGCAGAAUAGCCGAUGACCCUGAUACGUCAGAGAAAAGAUGGGACUGCAACGGAACACAUUCUCCGGGCGGGUCUUGGUCUAGUGCUUCAGACGCACCUGAUAAAAGGUCUAGCACAGCGUUGAGUGAAGACGGUGACUGUGCUAACGUCGGUCUAGACUUCACAAGAGAUUUUUAUCGUCUCGUGAAAUAUGAGAGCACAAAGAGCUUGGCGUCAAAUUCUUCCAGAGGUAUUCCGGCACCAGACACGAGCAGUCAUUUGAGAAUCCACGAUGUACAAGCAAUGGCUUUGCAAGAUAGAGAGGUAGCAUUGCAGAACGUUCUGCAUUUUAUUGCUGAACAGCAAAAAUAUUGUAGGGAUAGGGAAGAGUCUGAUUCCAUGUCAUCGAGGCCUUUGUCAGAGAUCAGGGAACUUCCGCCACCGUAUGCUGCGGCGGACUUUGAUGAUGACUCGGUGGGUCCCCGUAGCGAAGUUUCGGAAGACAGGCAGAGACCUGACUCCUUCGGCAGCUUCUCAGAGAACGACUCGUGUGACGUCCUGCACGGCGACCGGCCGAGAGUUGCCUUUUGUGAUACUGUAUCCGAGCCACGGUCCACGCCGAGAUUCAUCGAACGUGAGGAUCCCUAUGCGGAGUCCGAAGAUUACUACGACGAAUUUUCUAGAGUUGAAAAUGCAGAGAACGAAAUCGAUGCACGUCAUCUUAUAAAAGUCCAAAGAAAAAAUGAAAUUAACAAAAGCAUAGAUACGAUUGAAUCAGUUGACGUCGAAGAACAUUCUCUGCCGCCGUUCUCUCAAGUGAAGGACGAUAAGCCGAGUGAUAUUGAAUCUAGUCGAAGUGUAGAUUACAAUUCAGCUCUAAAAGAAAAUACGGUCAACAUCAUGUUAAACAAGCAAUCGCCGAUGGAGAGGGAAGUGGAGCAGUGCUUAACGAAAUCGUCCAGUUUUCCGUACACUAGCAACGAAGAGAUAUCCUUAGUUGAAGAAGUUUUGAAUGCCUGUAGGAGGAGCACAGGCGCCUUAGUUCCUGUCCCUGAAGAGGAAGAGGGGUCCUCCCCAGAGACGAGCUCUCCUCAAAUGACUGAAUCUAACACAACAAGCACGUCUACUGCUGAAACUGUGAUAGUAAGUAAUAGGAACGACGCCAAGGAGGGGCGGCUGCGAGAGAGGAGCCGGAUCCCGACCUUGAUGGGGGGGAAGAGGCCACCGUCAUCCCCCAACAGAAAUAGGUCGAAGAUACCUGUUGUUGAUAGAAGUCGGCCUAGCACUGCGCAGGGAUCGAUCGCUGAACCGAUCAUUGUGAAACAAGAACACACGCUGAGUUUCCAUGAGGCCGCCACUUCGAAAGAUGUUAUUGAGGAGCUCAACAGAAUGAUUCGCCAAAGUGAAAGCACGCCAGGCACUAGCGAGGUGAAGGCAGAGGAGGGGGACAAGGCGCAUGCGCAGAAGGACAGCGCGCUGUGGGCGCCCACGGGCUGGGUGCAUGUCGAGAAGGACAUAGACUUCAGUGAUCCUAAGGCCCGUGCCAACCUCCUGGACGUGAUGCUGGCGUCCAGCGACUCGUCGCCGUCGUCGUGCGGCUCCUCCCCGGCCGAGCCGCCGCCGCCGUACUCCCGUCUGCAUCGACUGCAUCGCUCCCGGAGACAGAAGACAGCGGCGGCGCUGCGCGUGCGCGGGGGGGGCGGCCUGCUGCGGCUGCGGCGGCCCUCCAUCCUCGGCCGCGAGGGCUUCUUCGUGCGCUACGGCGAGCCCGAGCGCGCCGCCGUCGCCACCUUCGACUUCCUCGACGACCUCUCCGGCGGAUCCUCCCCGGAGGCCCCCAAAGACUGUACCUAAAUUAGCAAUAAAACGCGUCCCAGAUCGUUAUAUUUUUCUAUGUCGUUGUGAUAGUCCGCGGCGGCGCAGACGGUGACGCCGCGCGUGUCGGCCGGUACUCGCGCCGGGCUGCAGCUUUUUAGAUACUUCUGCUUCGAAAUCUAGAUCUCGUAGGUGUCGUAGUGCUCACUUUGGAUUAGUAGUUCUAUGACGAGGCACCUAGUCUUUUAAAACAAAUUCUUCCUAGAUGUUCGUUAGUGGGUGUGGGAAGACUAACGUCAAGGCACGGAUGCGAUGAUAUGUAUAAUUGGUAAAUUGUUUAGUUGAUACGCGGCUGACUAGUUCAGCAAUAAUGUUAAAGCGACUGGCGCGCCUCGCGAUUGAGGCUCAUGAGUGAUUUGCGCUUGGCAAGAUGGCCGCUUGGCAAGAUGGCGGCCGCGUGGACGCGGGCUGCGGGCGGAGACGGCUUCAACAUUACUAUGUUUAUUUGAAUCGAUUACUUCUUGCGUUAACUUGCUUACGCUUCGUACCAACGACCGACAACUUAGGUAAGAAGACGAAAUAAUUAAUUGACUAAGUGAUUGAAAGCUGCGGCCUCGAAGUAAUGUGAUAUUUUUUGUAUAUACUGUAAGUCUCACUUAUUUUCAUAUACAUUUAAAUGGAUUCCUUUCUAACCGAACGAAGCGUUAACGUCGGAGGUAUUAGGUGGAGUUCUGUUUAGCAGACUGUGCACCACACGUAAACUGGAUCGCGCGCAUCGACCACUCACCUCUCUUUCGCACAAGCGUAUUGAGUAACGAGUUGGAGAGGGACAGCCGGCUCGAUCGCGCGAUCGCAGCGUAAUAAUCAUAAUAAUAGGUACUUAUGUAAAUAUCGAUUACUAUUUACUUAUCGAUCUAGUAACUACUUAUUGGUUAAAGAAUAGUCAUCUAUAACAAUCGAAUAACCGUUUAUAAAGAUCCAUUAAAAUCGAAGGGUACUAAAAUAUGUUAAGUGUAUGUAUAUAAUUAUUACGACGUCAUCGAUAUGCUAUUUAUUUGUAUCAUUUGCGUAUUGUCGAUCUUUUCUGUGUAUACCUAGGUACAUAUCAUGAAUUGUAUUAUUUAUUAAGGCAACGAUACCCUAUUAUUUUUAUUGUUUAGAUAAAAUUAACAAGCGGUCGUGGUGUAACAACAUGUUUCGUAUGAUUACUUUUUCUACGGUCGUUCUUAAAGACGUAGAAAACAGGUCUAACAGACUAAAUACCGGAGUAAUGUAAGAAAUUACAUUUUCUGUGCUACAAUUACCACACGCUUGUUAUUUUUAUCAAGACCGUAGCGUCUCGCUAUUAUUUGCUAUCCAUAAAAUUAUCCUGUUUGGACGCGGUUAUGAACCUUGACAGAAAUGUACACUUUAAUUAUAUUGUUAUUUUAAUGGCUGAACCAAAGCAAUUUUACACGAAACUAUUUUCGCCGCCACUUGUUACGCUGCAACACUGUUCCUUUUUCGAUUGGCAAUUAUUUCAUGCCCAGCUUUUUUUUUAAUGGUGAAGAAUGAAGACAAUAAAGGAAGAUUUAUACCUAUUAUUAAUUAAUGUAAACGAAGCGACGACUCGAUCGAUAUUAUCUAAAAUAUUAACUUAUUUAGUGUAAGCUACUAAUGGCUACGAUGUAAUGCCUAAUUUGAAAUUUAAAAGACGUCCCUUUGUUGUUUCGGAUACACACACGGAUGCAUGGAUAAAGGAAUUUAGGACGUUUCGUGAAUGUAACUUGUAAAAACAAUUAUUAUCGACAUAAUUAAUGUAUAUCUUAAUUUUUAAUGUUCAUUUAAAAUUUAUCUUCGAUAUGUAAUGUAACGAAUUUAUACAAUUGUAAACAUAUUAUUAUAUUGUAAUCCAGUGUUUGUAUCCAAACAAGAUGUGUAAAUCCUUAUUAGUAAGUUACUACAAGUAAAUUCUUAAAUCUUCAGAAUAAACUGGAAACAGCAGUAACUGUAGUUGUAUGUAACGUUGUUCAAAUGUAAACAAUUAUUUUUGUUAAACGACCAAUCCGUUAUCCUUGUCAUUUAUUAGUGUCACCGUCAUUAAAUUAAAAAAAAAACGAAUAUACAUUUGUCAUGGCUGUAGUCCAUGUAUUUAAUCGUAGGAUCCUAAAGGUACUGUGAUUGGUAACUACCACUGAACUCUGGAGCACAAUUGGAAAUGUUAUGGUAAAAAUAAAACGUGGUACUUGUUCGGUAUUGGGUGCAUUUGUCGGUAAAUUUUAACCUAAGAUCUAGAAAUACUUGACAUAGGUAGGUACUUUGAACAGUACAAAAUGUGUAGAGUAACAGUAUAAUUUAAUUAUCUACUAUUACAGAUGGGUUCAAUAAACGAUUCCGUUCCCAAAUUA